AUGAUCUACCACGCCGGCACAGGCAGUAAGCCCCCCCUCCCGCCUCCCCCACCUUAUAUCCUAUCCCCAUUUUUAGCUAACCCCCCUAUCAAAGAAACAACCUUCCUCGGCACCCUCCGCUUCGCAACCCUCCUCCUCUUCGCCGGCUUCGGCCUAGUCCUAACCCCCCACUACAUCAAAUCCGGCGCCCCCCCCCAGUACCCCCUCGCCUCCCUCGCCUGCGGCCUCAUCCCUCUCCUCUACGUCGGCUACUUCACCACCCCCUUCGUGACCUUCAUCCACCUCCGCCUGCCGCCGUACGCCCGCUGGUCGACCCCCAUCCUCCAGCGUUUUGCCAAAACAGCCCCGCCAAACACCCAGGUCGACAUCACCACCCUCAGCCUGACAGGGACGCCCCGCCACUCGUCCAUGAUGCUGUCUGAUCUCAAGCCGACAAGGGAGCGCUUCGGCAUGGUGAAUUUCACGCGGGAUACGACGGCGGUCAACGAGAAGAGGAAGUGGUGGAGGUGGAGGGCGGUGGGGAGGUUCAACAUCCAGGAGGGGAAUGAGAAGAAUUGCAGGGCGGGGUGGGUUUGGAAGGAUAUCGCCGAGGGGAUUGGGAGUAGGGCUGGGGAGAAGGGGGUGGGUGGUGGCGGGAAGAAGACUGGGCAGUAA